GUCAACAAAUUCAGCUGAUGAUAGGAAUCAUUAUUGCUGUUUAAUGUUUGUGAAUUUUCUGGCGAAGAAUCUUUAAAAUAAUUUAAGUUUACUGUUCGUAGUAUACAAUACGAUGUAUGCCAGGAUUCUAUUAUUAAAGGACAAUUAAAAUGGGUUUCCUCGAAGACACAGCUAUAGUUUUAGUUUCGCAGGUUUGCUUCUUUAUCGGAGGAUGGAUUUUCUUUGUAAAACAACUCUUCAGGAAUUACGAAAUCCGACAUGUAUUUGUUCAGCUAGUUUUCUCAAUUACUUUUGCACUGUCAUUGACGAUGUUCGAGCUUAUUAUAUUCGAGAUUAUUGGAUGUUUGGAUUCCAGUUCUAGAUACUUUCAUUGGAGGCUAGGUUUGACGCUGCUUCUAUUUAUGGUUAUCGCAUUGAUUCCUUAUCACAUAGUGUACUCUUGCAUAAAUAACAUCCGAAUUGUGCCUCAAAAAUGGGUUCAACCACUGUCCACACUGUUCUGGUUUUGUUACCUUUACGUUUUUUGGAGGAUUGGUGAUCCAUUUCCACUGCUAAGCGUUAGCAAAGGUAUUUUCACAAUCGAACAAGCCGUUUCUCGCAUUGGAGUGGUGGGAGUAACAGUAAUGGCGAUUCUAUCCGGAUUCGGUGCUGUAAACUAUCCGUACACCAGUAUGUCAUACUUUAUACGGCCAGUGUCUCAGAGUGAUGUUACUAACAUAGAGCGAAGACUAAUGCAAACAAUGGAUAUGAUUCUGGUAAAGAAAAAGCGAAUUGCUCUGGAUCGAAGACGUGUUAAGCCCAAUACAAAGCCAGGAAUCUGGGGAAUGAUCAGUAGCGUGACCAACAGGCCACCUGGAGCGGAAAACAUAGGGCAGCUAAGAUUGGAAAUUUCAGCUUUAGAAGAAUUAUCCAGACAGUUGUUUUUGGAGGCCCAUUCAUUGAAAAAUAUGCAAGAGCGAGAACGAUGGGCUGCCACUCUACAAGGAAAAUAUUUCAAUGUGCUUGGCCAUUUCUUCAGUUUAUAUUGUUUAUGGAAGAUAUUUAUCUGCACUAUAAACAUAAUCUUUGACCGGGUUGGAAAGAAAGAUCCAGUGACUCGUGGCAUCGAAAUCGCUGUUCAUUGGUGCGGGUUUGAUAUGGAUGUUGCUUUCUGGAGCCAACAUGUCUCAUUUAUCCUUGUUGGAUGUAUCGUUGUAACAUCCAUACGUGGAUUGCUUUUAACACUAACUAAGUUCUUCUACAAAAUAUCCUCAAGUAAGUCGUCCAAUAUCAUAGUUCUGGUGCUAGCACAAAUUAUGGGCAUGUACUUUUGUUCGUCUGUGCUGCUGAUGCGGAUGAACAUGCCCGCCGAGUAUAGAGUCAUCAUUACUGAAGUGCUAGGAGGUUUACAUUUUAAUUUUUACCAUCGGUGGUUUGAUGUGAUUUUCCUAGUGAGCGCUUUAACAACGAUAGUCAUUCUCUAUCUGCUUCAUAAACCGCCUAACGUCGACACUAGUAUGUAGUUCUUUUCUAUUACUCUUUAACGAGUAAGGCACUAUUCGAAUGAUUUCGAACUCGUUAUAAGAAUGGACGAUGUGUAUAAUACUAUAAUUAUUUAUAUCUCGUUAAUGAUAAGUAGUUUUAAGACGUAGGCGUAAAAAAUACGACUUCUGCCAUCCCUGCGUUUUUGUGAUUGAACAUCCUAGGGUGAAGAAAGAACAAUGAUGCAAUCUCUCUAGUGAGCAAGCAAAAAGCUACAAUCAUUAUCAAAUAGUGGAGUUAGACAAGCGAGAUCGACAUAAGGUUAAUAUGAGCAAUGUAUGAGAAUGUGAUGUAAAUAAUCUUUCUUGAAUGGUUAUUGCUGUUCUUGUCUAGCCGAUAAAUAUCUACACGAAACUGAAUAAAACACCCAGAACAAUACA